GCGGCCCGGCCGGACUGCCCCUCCGCCAUGGACCGCGUCUUGCUCGUCAGCUCCGAGGAGGGGCCUGGGCCCGAGCGCCUCCCCGUCAGCCCUCUCCGCCAGCGCAAGGACUGCAGCAGCCAGGAGUUCGCCUCUCCUUUACCUCUCCCCAGGAGUUUCGUGAAGACGCCCUCGGACAAAGCUCCGCCCACAGAUGUGGAACACCAAGUACAGCCUGGCAUCCCAAACACGAGGCUUCUCACAAUCGAUGACUUUGAAAUAGGGCGCCCUUUGGGUAAGGGGAAAUUUGGAAAUGUAUACCUGGCUCGCCUGAAGAAAAGCCAUUUCAUUGUGGCCCUGAAAGUACUCUUCAAGUCCCAGAUUGAGAAGGAAGGACUGGAGCACCAGCUACGCAGGGAAGUUGAAAUCCAGGCACAUCUCCAACACCCUAAUAUCCUUCGCCUGUACAACUACUUCCAUGAUGCUCGCCGGAUAUACCUGGUUCUGGAAUAUGCUCCCAGGGGCGAACUCUAUAAGGAGCUGCAACGAAAUAGCACUUUAGAUGAGCAGUGCACCGCCACGAUAAUGGAGGAGUUGGCAGACGCCCUCACCUACUGCCAUUCGAAGAAAGUGAUCCACAGAGACAUCAAGCCAGAGAACCUCCUACUGGGGCUCAGGGGUGAGGUCAAGAUUGCAGACUUUGGCUGGUCUGUGCACACCCUGUCUCUCAGGAGAAGGACAAUGUGCGGAACCCUGGAUUACUUGCCGCCAGAAAUGAUUGAAGGGAAGACAUAUGAUGAGAAGGUGGAUCUGUGGUGCAUUGGGGUGCUCUGCUAUGAGCUGCUGGUGGGAAAUCCACCCUUUGAGAGCUCCUCUCACAAUGAGACAUACAGACGCAUUGUCAAGGUAGAUGUGAGAUAUCCACUGUCUCUGCCUGUGGGAGCCCAGGACUUGAUCUCCAAGCUGCUCAGGUACCACCCCUCAGAGCGGCUGACCCUGGCCCAGAUCCAGAAGCACCCCUGGGUCAAGACCCACUCUCGGAGAGUGAUUCCUCCCUGUGGUCAGAUGACUUCCUAAGCCCUGUUGGCCGCGCUCCUUGUGCUUGUUCCACAAGCUCUCUUGGCUUUGUUGCCUCAUCUGUUUUGUUUCUUUUUUAAGAGGCUAACUAAUAAAUACUGAAUUAUUUUGUGCUA